AUGGAGCUCUUUGGGCUUCCCUCUGCUGGCUUCACCGCUGGCCUGGGCUCGCCCUUUGACCUCGACCAGCUCCCUCUUGAGUCUGAUCUCAGUGCCUUCUCCCCUGCUCCUCUGGGUACCAUCUCGCCCAAGGACCUCAUGAACGACGGUGGUUCUCUGCCUCCCUCGGCCACUUUCACCGACAUGAGCACCCCAUCUUUCGCAUCGCCUGGCGGCGCUUUCAGUGCCAACAGCUCUCCUAUGUUCACUGAGAUGGAUGCACUGCACCAGUCUCCUUGGCCUUCUCUCUUCGGUGAUGAGCCCGCCAUCGAGGCUCUCAGCAACUAUGCACUUCCCUCGCUCGAGGAGCCUGCCAAGCAACAGAUGAUGCAGCUUACUGCCUCUGUUCCUCCUGCGCCCAAGCGCCAGUCUGCGUCCAAGUCAGCCUCUUCGCCAAUCUCUGCUGCUGGCAGCGCCAAGCCUUCCUCUGUUGCUGGAGUCACUCGUUCUCGCAAGGAGCUGUCGCCCGUUGCCUUCGACCCCAGCGAUCCUGUUGCUGCCAAGCGCGCUCGCAACACUGAGGCUGCUCGCAAGUCUCGUGCCAAGAAGCUCGAGCGCCAGAUGACCGCCGAGGUCCAGAUCGCUGAGCUCAAGCGUCAGCUCGAGGAGAAGGAUGCGGUGAUUGCCAAGCUUCUGGCCGAGCGCGAGACCCACCGGCAAUACGCUUAA